GCUUCCGUCCAAGUACUUUGUACGUCUAUGGUUUUUCAUUACGCUAACUGAAAACAUGGAAUUGCGUUAAUUUGCUAAUUGUUGCAUUAGUUCGAUAGUUAUUCUAAUUCUAAUUGCUUUAGAGAUGUCAUUCUUCGAUUUUUUCCGAAAUUUUCUCGGUGUGAAACGAAAUGAGCCUAGUACAAGCGGAUUUGACGAUUAUAAUUCACAUCGAGAAAGUUUUCGAAAUCCAAUUUGGCAGAGUGAUGAAGAUGAUGAUGACGAUGAUAGCUUUCGGCAUCCUGAGAGCAGUUUGCACUUCAACAUCUUUAACAAUCCACUUGAAAUGACGCUUUAUUUUGAAUCCCAGAUAGAUAAUAUAUUAAAAAAUUUUUUUGGAUUUAAUAAUGCUUUUUUUGACGAUAAAGCCAUUACAGCAGUACCAUUUGCUGGACCUGAUCAGAAGGAUGGUAAUUUACGGGACAGGGCAUUAAAAUCCAAGCCCGAUGCAUUUGUCUUUGCAAAUGAAUCACUUGAAAGCAAAGUAGACACAGACUUAGAUGGAAGGGUUUCUACAGAAGAAUUUUCAAAAAUGUGGAAUAAAGGGAAUACGGAAAUAACAAAACCUUCCGUACAAAAUAAUUUUUCGAUUGGAAGAUUUGUUAGAAAGGAGAUUACACGUAGAUCAGAUGGAACUAUUGAGAAAAAGCAAGUAAUCAGAGAUAGUGAAGGUAAUGAGGAGACAAUCAUUUCAAAAGAAGCAGACAACAAAACAUAUGUUGUUACUAUAAAAAAAGAUAAAAAUGGCAUUGAAACAAAAUCCGAAGAUUUAUUUAACAUGGAUGAAAGCGAACUGACAGAGUUUAAUCAAAAGUGGAAAGCCUCUGUAAAAGACAACAUAGAUAGCUCCAAGUCGAUUUUUAAUCGUUUUCCUUGGGAAAAGUUUUUCGGUCCCAAUCCGAAAUUAUAGCAAGAGAUAGAUAAAGUCAUAGUCUUUGUUUAAUAGAUUAAAAUAUGCCUUCUGUGUGUAACAUACGAAUAUCAAUAAAUUAAUUGAAUCAACAAUA